AGAAAGAAGCAGAUUCUUGCUUGAGUCUGCAAACCGAACGCCAGCCGAGAGGACGUCGUCGCUCGUCGUUUCGAUUCCGUGAAGAGUUUCAAAGUAGAGUUUUUUUUUCGGUGUAACUUUUUUCUAUUCCCCCCACAUCCCCAAUCCGGAACGGUUCCGUCGGGGUUUGUACGGGUUCCGGGGACACGAGCGGAGUGCUUCGGGGAGUGGGAGUUCCGGAUCGGUUGUUUUUUUGUCGCGCGACGGUGAAAAAUCUGGUUCUUGAAACCGGGAGGAGUUGGGGGAAGUGAUUUUUUUGUUGGCUGGCGUCUGGCCAGGUUUGUUCCGGCGUUUCCGGGACCUGCCACGGUUGCGGUCGAAGGAGGCUGUGUGGAGUUUUUCGUGGAGAAGGGGGGUGGCACUAGAAGCUCUGAAGAUUGGGUGUUUGAUACUGGUCCAAGAGUGCCGAGAGUUGCUGGUCUUGAAGGAGGGAGGAGGAGGAAACAAGAAAACGAAGAAUUUCAUGUUUUAGCUGUGUCUGUGUUUGUGUAUCGGUGCGUUUGUGUCUGUGUACGUGUGUGUGUUCCGCACCCAAAAGUCAAAGGGAGAAGCCAAGAAGAAGGAAAGAAAAAAAAGUUUCUAAAUUUAAUUAAAGGAAGUGAAGAUUGUGGCGUACAGCAAGCACCCUGUAGGAAGAAAGUGCUGGGGCGUUUUGGGGGCCAGAACCUGAGCAAGAGAGAUUUGCGCUGGCAGUGAAAAAUUUGUGACGGCCUUGCCGGGGAAACAUGGCCGCCGGUGGCCACAACCAUUGAACCCCAAAGCGGAGAAGAGAACGUCUACGUCUGCGGAGACGACCGAGAGUCGAGAGAUCCGGAACCGCACAGAGAGAGAGAGGAGAGCGGUGAUCGUCGGGCGGAACAACCCGCGCCGGGGGCGGGCAUGCUGACGGGUCACUUCCGGCGUUGACCAGGGACACGAACGACACCGUGAAAUGGGAGCCCAGCAGGUGAAGGAACGCUCGGGCGCCGGAGCAGGAACCAUCGGAACGGGAGGAGGAAGUAUCGGUGGGCUGAGCGGAGGAGGCGGAGGAGGGACGGUUUCGGCGCUCGGAGCCGGCAGCUCGAUUCGGUCCAGCAGGAAUAAACCGCGCGUGCCGAAGGAUUCGCGCAUCCUCGGGUCGAACAUCUUCACGGAGCAUAGUGAAGCACUGCUGCAAUCUCGGCCCCUGCCACACAUCCCACCGCCCGGCACGCUCCUGCCAACGGAUCUGCUGAGCAGCCAGGAAGGCUCGGAGAACCACACCGGAACGCUGCACUCCCAGGGCAGCUCCAACACGGCCCAGUCAAGCUUCGAGAACGCCCACCGGUGGACCUCCAAGGAGAACCUGCUAGCGCCGGGCCCCGAAGAGGACGACCCGCAGCUCUUCGUAGCCCUGUACGACUUCAAGGCCGGCGGCGAGAACCAGCUCAGCCUGCGCAAAGGAGAACAGGUCCGGAUACUGUCCUACAACAAGUCCGGCGAAUGGUGCGAAGCCCACUCCGACUCGGGCCACGUCGGCUGGGUCCCCUCGAACUACGUCACCCCGCUAAACUCGCUCGAAAAGCACUCCUGGUACCACGGCCCCAUCUCCCGCAACGCCGCCGAAUACUUGCUCAGCUCGGGCAUCAACGGAAGCUUCCUCGUUCGCGAAAGCGAAAGCUCGCCCGGCCAGCGCAGCAUCAGCCUGCGGUACGACGGACGCGUCUACCACUACCGAAUAUCCGAAGACUCGGACGGCAAGGUGUACGUCACGGCCGAGGCCAAGUUCAACACGCUCGCCGAGCUCGUCCACCACCACAGCGUCCUGCACGAGGGUCACGGGCUCAUCACGCCGCUGCUCUACCCGGCGCCAAAGCAAAACAAACCCACGGUCUUCCCGCUGAGUCCCGAGCCGGACGAGUGGGAGAUCUGCCGGACGGACAUCGUGAUGAAGCACAAGCUGGGCGGCGGUCAGUACGGCGAGGUGUACGAAGCGGUGUGGAAACGGUACGGCAACACCGUUGCGGUCAAGACGCUCAAGGAGGACACGAUGGCACUGAAGGACUUCCUCGAGGAGGCCGCCAUCAUGAAGGAGAUGAAGCAUCCCAACCUGGUGCAGCUGAUAGGUGUGUGCACGCGCGAGCCCCCGUUCUACAUCAUCACCGAGUUCAUGAGCCACGGCAACCUGCUCGACUUCCUGCGCUCGGCCGGCCGAGAAACGCUGGACGCCGUGGCGUUGCUGUACAUGGCCACCCAGAUCGCGUCCGGCAUGAGCUACCUGGAGAGCCGCAACUUUAUCCAUCGCGAUCUGGCGGCGCGAAACUGUCUCGUCGGCGACAACAAUCUGGUCAAGGUGGCCGACUUCGGGCUGGCCCGAUUGAUGCGAGACGACACUUAUACGGCCCACGCCGGCGCCAAGUUCCCGAUCAAGUGGACGGCCCCGGAGGGCUUAGCUUAUAACAAAUUCAGCACCAAGUCGGACGUGUGGGCGUUCGGCGUGCUGUGGGAGAUUGCCACGUACGGCAUGUCGCCGUACCCGGGAAUCGACCUGACCGAGGUGUUCCACCGGCUCGAGUCCGGCUAUCGGAUGGAGCGACCGCCGGGCUGCCCACCGGAAGUGUACGAGCUGAUGCGAAAGUGCUGGCAGUGGAACGCCCAGGACCGGCCGACCUUCAAGAGCAUACACCACGACCUAGAGCACAUGUUUCAGGAAUCGUCCAUCACGGAGGCGGUAGAGAAACAGCUGCAGGGCGUUGGCCAGCCGGUUCAGCUCACGCCCCAGAUGGUCAAGAAGCCGCAGAUGGGCACCGUGCAGCAUGAGCCGGCAAUCACGCCAAUAUCCGACACCGGUUCCAGCUCGAAGUUGAGCACCUUCUCCAACAAACCGUCGACGGCGGGCGUGCAAAUGCGGCGAACCACGAACAAGCGUGGCAAACAGGCUCCGGCCCCACCCAAGCGGACCAGCCUGCUGUCGUCGAGCCGGGACUCGACGUACCGGGACGAGGACGGCAAACCGGGCGACGGUUGCGGUGACCAGCAGAACACGAACGGUAUUAUCCCCAUCACUAAGUCGACCUCUUGCAGUAGUUUCCUUAUCGAUAAGCUGUUUCGAGGUUUCUCCCGCGAUCUCGCCAACCUGGUCAACCGCACGACCGACUCGGAAAACGAGCAAACGGAAAUCACCCCGGACACGGACACCGACAGUCAGGAGCCGCCGGGCGGAACCUUCCAGAAGUCGUCCUCCCAGCAAAGUUCCUUCAAGCGCGUCCCGAUCAUGGGAAAUCGGGGGUUGGAAACCCGCGGCAGCAAGCGCCUUCCGCAAGGAACGCCCCGAGCCCCCAGUGGGCCACCUCCGACGGGCAUUCCGCCGGUUGCGGCCGCCGCGGCCGUUGUCGGCGCGCUGGAGGUGCAGAACGUGAAGAAGGCCAUCAACCGGUACGGGACGCUGCCGAAGGGUGCCCGAAUUGGUGCGUAUCUGGAGUCGCUGCGGCAGAGUGAUGGAAGUCCGGCGCCGCAGGGAGGGCAGACGGCGGCUCCUCCGGAUCCGCCUCCGCCAAUGGCGGCGGCGAACGUCAUUUCGAAUAGUCUGCUUGCUGCGCAGCGUGCAGCUAUGAAGGGAGCUCAACCGCUUCAGCAACAGCAGCAGCAGCCUCAGAUGAUUCGUAGCAACUCGUCGAGUGGAGUUACGAUGGCCAACUCGGCAACCGCUAGUCUUUCCAAAUUGCAACGCCACCGGACCACCACGGACGGUUCGAUGAUGACGUUCUCGUCGUUCCGGGGUGGCACCGUGGGCAGCAACAACAGUCCGAAACGGUCUAUGCCGCCUACGCUGGCGGAUUUGGAGUUCCCACCGCCGCCAGCCGACUUGCCACCUCCGCCUGAGGAGUUCGAGGGGCAUCCGCAACCGCCGAUGGAGAAGCUAAUGAAGCCGUCGAACGACGUUUCCAACACGGAACCGAGCGUCGAGGAGGCCAGCUCACGCUUCGGCGUAAGUCUUCGCCGCCGAGAACCGUCCACGGAUUCGUGCAGCUCGCUGGGCAGCCCGGCGGACGUCAUGGUCCACAGUAGCAUCGAACCGUCUUCGUCGAUACCGAUUCCGCCGCCACCGAGCCUCAAGGACAAGCUCGAGAUGAAACUGGCGGGCGAAAUCAAACAGAAAGCAGCAAACGUGCCAAAGUCAGCGAUAGAGAACAGCAGCAGCAAUCAUAAAGUAGUAGAUCCCGCUUCACAGUUAGUCAGUGAACUGGCGGAGACCAUGAAUCUACCGAAACCUCCACCGCCGCUUCCGCCGAGCGAUGUGGCGCAACACUACAAGUCGUCGGACGUGAGUUCGCUGCGCAAACCGGGCGUCAACAAACCCGUUGCCGCCGCCGUCGUCGAGCAGCCAGCUUCGUUCAAGGCCCAGCUGAAGAAGGUCGAACCCAAGCGGAUGCCCAACCCGAUUCCCAAGAAAGAGGAAGCAAACAGCAUCAUCGACUUCAAGUCGCGACUGCGCAAGGUUGAGAGUGGCAGCGGCAGUGAGUCUACCGCCAACGGUGAUGCUUCGAUGGCCGGCGGAAGCAGCGACUCCAGCUCGGACAACAACAACAAACAUCACACGAACAACGGUGUGAGCAACAACAACAACAACAGCAACAUCCUGAACAACAACCAGUCGAGUGACCACUCGAGCGAUGGUGAACCCAAGGCGAAGAAGAGCGAAAUUCUGCGCAACGGGACGAGCAAGAACGGUGGGGACUCGUCGGCCAAGCUGCUGCUGGAGAACAAUGAGUUGAACUCGUUGAAGCUCAAGAAGGCUUCGCCGGCGCAGCCAGUCGUUACGAGUGUCGCCCCGAUCGAUAGCAACAAGAUUAUCGAGCUGAAAAAGACUGAAAUCAAGAUUGAACUUAGCCAAGAGGACAAGAAGCGCGAAGUCCUUGAUGCGAAUGCUGGUGGCGGCACCGGCGGUGAUAAUCUGUCCACUGGCAGCACUGGGGACGAAGGGGACAAGCGGAAAAGCACCGGCAGUAUCAGCAGCUUGAAGAAGCUGUGGGAGGCCAAAGAAUCCCCGAACGAUCACCAAGGCGGCGCCCAACUCAGCCCAAAACUGGGCGUGAAGAGCGCCGCGAAUCUCAAGCUGAACAACAACUCCGAGGAGGCGUCCGAGAGCAGCAACCCCACAACGAAUAGCAACAAUUCCAGCCAACACGACGAACAGCUGCAGCAGGCACCGCAGCUAGCGAAAAAGCCCGCCGUCCCGCUGAAACCCUCCAAAUUCUCAUCAAUCUACGCCACGCCAGUCCAGAUCCAAGCCCCAACCCAAACCAGCCCCGCCCCAACCACAACCACCACAUCCAAGUCCAACGACAGCAACAGUUCGCUCCUCUCGGAGAAAUCCACCGCGUCCUCAUCCUCCGCCCCUUCCUCCGCUUCCGCGAGCCGCGAAGGCAUCCUCGAACUCGUGACCCUGCUCGAGGGCUCCUCCAAACUCCCCGCCAGCUCGGCCGUGUCCGCCUCCCAGUGGCUCCAGCUCAGCGAACGGCUCCACUCGCUCCAGUCGAGCUGCGUCACAUUCGCGGACAACGAAGCCCUGCCCCCGCACACCAAGUUCCACUUCCGCGAGCUGGUCAACCGCGUUGACGCGCAGUCCCGCUCGCUGCGGUCGGCCGCCGCCAGCAGCAAGAACACCUCGGCCCAGGACAACGAAAAGCUCGUGCUCGAAGUCGGUCAAUCGCUGAAGCAAAUUUCGAACGCGCUGCACAGGGACACUAGAAUCGCUCAGCUGCCCAUUUUGACGUUUAGCUAACGAGAGAAUUCGUGUGCGUGCGUGCGUGCGUUCGAACGGGCGCAGUGAUUGGCCGCACAUCGGAGGCGACAACUAAGGAAAACAAAUAUACACACAUAUUUACACAGACACCCACACAUACCCACAACCUACAAUCAUUAUCAGUGAAAUACAGGUAUUAGUUGUUUUCUUGGCUAGAAGCAUGAACCGUGGAAGGAUUGAAGCAAGAACUCUGUAUUAUUUUGCUGCUGAUCGAGUUUCCAACAGAGCGCGCACCUCCUCCAGGCUUGCUAACCGAUACCGACAUAUGUAUUAAACAACAAAUUAUACAACUAGCUAUUGUAUUAUAAUCCAAACUACCUAUGAAUGCAUGCUAUCUAAUCGAUUUUAUACUCGAAAUUUACCCCGAUGUCUCCUUCAACAAAACAAACAACCUACCAACCAAGAAUGACCACGGCAUGAUGUGCCAUACCAAAAUUAUUUUGCUUUGUCAAGCCAUCCGAAAAUUACAGGUGAAGCAAAUCAUCCUGUCUCACACCAUUCUUGGUUGGUUCUUUCGCGAGGUCCACUAAUGCUAAAUCUCCUCCGAGCGGAAGAAAUUCGCUUUAACUGGAAAGGAUCGACUGUUCUGAAACGAGGCCAUUAUUUGACUAUUCCCAUCGCUAAAAAAAAGAAGGAGGAAAUAAAUGUAAAAAAAAUGAAAACAAUAGAAACCAACGCUCAAUGAAAUUGCCAAAUAUAAAGUGGACUAAUUUUAAUUGAUUUUAACUAAUGGGUAUAAUAGAUUUUAAACUGUUGGUAUGCAGGCAAGGAAGGUAAUAAAAUCAGGACUGACGUUUUAAAGGAACGAUGUUUUUAAUUCGAAACUUUUAAUAACAUUUGAAUUACCGUAAUUGGUUGUUUUAAAAGCUAUUCAAUUUUAAUUUUAUCUUGGCUUCGGACAGUUUCAAGGAUCGCUGCUACGGAUAGCCCACGAACUAAGCUACAUUUUAAGCCAAAGAGCUUAAGACUUUUUCUUACUUUCACUAAAAGAAACCUGCGUGAGACUUUUCGUUAUUCGGUAAGGUACCUUCUUCAGAUUAUAUGCAAAUAUCUUCUCAAAUGGCAAUGAACAGAGGUUUAUAAGGGAGAAUAAAAACAAAAUCAAGGUGUGUCGUGUUGUGCGCAAGAAAAGUGCAUCCAACUCAUUCGUGCGUAAAUCAUAAAUUAUUUAAAAUCUAUCUCUAAACGGUAACACAGUAAAAUGCUAGUCGUAAACAUUUAUAUAUUAUCAGUAGUAAUGGACAAGGAUCAUACAACUAAACGGAAAGUAAUUUCCGGCACGGGAUGAACAGUUUGCUAAAAGCGAUACAUAUAUGCAAUGCGGUAUGCAAGUUGCCCACACACACACACACACACACACACCCACACAAUCAAUCGACGCCCAACAUCAGAAUCGGCGGAAUCAACAUCCCUAGGCUUUACAAUACGUCUCUCUAGGAAUUUACCAAAAUAAUCAAAUGAUGGCAAAAUCAAACGAAAUUGAUUAUGAGUCUACUAUAUAUUUUUAGAAAAACCGGUAAAAUAGCAUUCAUAAGCAUCCAUCUUCGUAACAUUCAUACAUUCGUACAUAAACGCAAGCUUACGUAAAGAUAUUAUUAUGAUUAAACAAAAUGCAAAAGAAUAAAUCAAAAAAAUCGAACGGACACGUGACUACGAUUCGCAUCCGAGUCCGAGUAUGAAUGAUAAUAAGCGAGAAUAUUAUUACUCAUUGAAUAAACUGGCAUAGAUGUAGUAGUGACACUAUCUAAGUAUGUGAGCAUAUUAUCAGCUAGUAAGGAACGUAAAAAACCAAGUGAAAAUGCGUGAUAUAAAAAAAAGAGAAGAAAAGAAACGAUAAAAUUAAACAACCCCCCCACAUUGAUACAAGUAAAGUAAAACAUAUAAUAACUGACACUACACACACAUACACUCUGUACACGAAAGAGAGGAGAAAAAAACACGAGAGCAAAAGGUGAGGUUGCCGACGAAAUAAUAGACCAGCUGUAAUGUGAAAAAACGUGCAACAGUGCAGUGAAAUAUUAAUAAAAACUAUACUGAAAACAA